AGUCUGGGGCACGAUCGCAUCGACGGCGCCCCCGUUGACUAUCCUCUUCGCCAACCGUCAUGCUUCAUCUGUUUCUCGCUCGAGGGUUCGAAUAAUCUUUGAUCCGUCGUGGAAAGGCCCGGACUUGGGGGAAAAUAUAUGGAACCACAAGCUUCUCAUUCUUCACAGAUCAUUGACAUAAGCAUAGAUAAGUCGGGGGAUGAAUCUAGCAUAGCCCGUAAAAAGAUAUGCGGCGGCACUGCAUGUGGCUUCUCUGAUUCCACAUCAGAUUCCAGAGAUGCUAAAGAAAGAUUUGCGUCUAUGCGCAAGCUUCUGAUUGCCGUCAUCUUAUGCGCCAUUUUCAUGGCUGUAGAAGUGGUUGGAGGAAUUAAAGCAAACAGUCUCGCAAUUCUUACAGAUGCCACACAUCUCCUUUCAGAUGUUGCAGCAUUUGCCAUCUCCCUGUUCUCCAUUUGGGCGUCAGGGUGGGAAGCAACCCCACGCCAGUCAUAUGGAUUCUUUCGAAUAGAAAUCCUCGGAGCUCUAGUGUCGAUCCAGCUUAUAUGGCUCUUGACUGGUAUCCUACUCUACGAAGCUAUUGCCAGACUUAUCCAUGAUACUGGUGAAGUACAAGGCCUCUUGAUGUUUAGUGUAGCUACAUUUGGUUUGCUUGUUAAUAUCAUUAUGGCUGUCUUGCUUGGACAUGAGCAUGGACAUGGCAUGCAUAAUCAUAGUCAUGGUGGGCAUGAGGACAGCAACAACGAGCACGGCCACGACCAUGACCACGACGAGCAUGGACAUGGCAUGCAUAACCAUAGUCAUGGUGGGCAUGAGGACAGCAACAACGAGCACGGCCAUGACCGUGACCACGACGAGCAUGGCCACAGCUACUCUGGCACUCACUCAAACCAUGAUGAUGACAAUCACGAUUAUAGACAGGAGACGGGGCAUGAUCAUAGCUGUGAAGGUGGCAAUGUAAUUCGCCAGAGUCCCAGAGCAAAUGCAGGAGGCAGUGAUGAACUCGAUCCUCUGUGGCACGAGUCAGAAAAAUCCCUAGUCAGCUCAAAGCAUGUCAAAGGCCAAACAAGAAAUAUCAACGUGCAUAGCGCCUAUCUUCAUGUCCUCGGCGACUCCAUUCAGAGUGUAGGCGUGAUGAUUGGUGGUGCCAUCAUAUGGUGGAAGCCUGAGUGGAAGUUAAUCGACAUGGCGUGCACACUUUUCUUCUCGGUCAUCGUUCUGAUAACGACCAUCAAGAUGUUAAGGGACAUACUCGAGGUCCUGAUGGAGAGCACGCCGCGGCAAAUCAAUGCGACCAAACUUGAAGAAGGGCUUUGCCAGCUGGAUGGUGUUGUUGCAAUUCAUGAACUGCACAUUUGGGCUAUCACAGUAGGGAAGGUUCUUCUUGCUUGUCAUGUGACGAUCGCACCAGAGGCGGAUGCUGAACUUAUUCUCGACAUGGUGAUCGGAUUCAUCAAUCGAGAGUACAAUAUUAGCCAUGUAACCAUCCAAAUAGAAAGGCAAUCUAUGUAGUUUUAGGCAACUCCUUGGUUCUAAACCAUUUGCCAGUAAUGGUCAUCUGUCUAUUGCUUCA